AAGCUAGCUCUUCCCCAUGAUAUUGAGACAGAUUAGAGUUUUACCAUUCCAUGCUCCGUCUCUAAAAGUCAUGAAUUUAGUAGAGAGGAACGUGAAGUAAGCCAAACCCUACGCAAUAGGUCAAAAUUAAACAAAGGUACUGUCUUCUUACUUUAAGUGUCUUGAUUCAUGGAAGACCUACUAAGGAAAAUCGUAAACCGUCAGCAUCACGACUAGAGACCUUCAAUGUAGGGAUUUUAACUGGGCAAACCCCGGCACAGUUGGGGUACUAUUAGGCCACCCCCCCCCCCCUCUCUCCACCCCGUAGUGAAAUUUUGACCCAACUGCCAAUCUGACACCAUGUUCUCUUGUCUGUACCGCAGUCGGCGCCGCCGAGAGCCAGUCACACCAUGGAUGCCUUGAAAUGCCCUAAAUGCCGCAAGGAGUACGACAAAGCUCAGCAUUUCCCCAAACUAGUGAUCCCGUGCGCACACCCCAUUUGCCUCUGGUGUGUGCCACUGCUCACGGCGCGGAAGUGGAAGUGCCCGACGUGCGAGCGGUCGCAGACACGCCUCAGCGUCUCACCACCCAACAACAUUUCGGUGGUGCAGUUGCUGGACAAUCUCCAGGGCCUCAGCAGCGGGACAUUGAGCUUCACCCUCCGGUGUGGGGACCGCCUGCUGGUGUCCCAUGACCUAUCCAACAUCAGGACCCCGUCGAUUAAGGCUCUCUUGGUUUCUGUGGCGGCGCGGGGUCAGCUGCAAAAGUCCCAGUCGGCGCCGAGUACCGGUCACACGGACGUCAUGCAAUGCCCCGAAUGCUUCAAGGAGUACAACACGAGUAACCGGUACCCGAAAAUAGUCAUCCCGUGUGCGCACCCCGCAUGCCUCAAGUGUCUGUGGCAGUCGCAACAGAAAUGCCCGACCUGCCAGCAGGAAUUCGAGGGCCUCGCGAAAUGGCAGCCCAACAACAUGUCGGUGAUGCAGUUGCUGGAAAGCCUGCAUGGUCUCUGCCGCAAGCCCUUGACCUUGACCCUGCGGGGCGCGGACGGCGUGCUGCUGUCCAAGGACCUGCCCAACAGCGGGGAUCCCCUGAUUAAGGCGCUCUUGGUCGCCGACGGGGCAACGCCGGCAACGGAUCAGUCACCGAAGCAAAAGGUCAAAAAGGAACGUAAACGUAAUCAGCCAAAAGACGCAGCCGUACCAGUGCACCUUGACAGCACCCCCUCCCCCCAUAAUGGUGCAGCCAGUAAGGACAUUUCACCGGGCAAAAACGGACACGCGCAGACAAAAGGUGCAGCCUUGCGUGAAGUGCAUUUCGAGAGCAUCCGCCUCCAUGAUAGAGCAGCCCUCAGGGAAAUUCGUGGGGUGGAACGGCUGGUAGGUGUGCGGUGUGACCUGCACCCCGAGACGAGCCUCUACCUGCUGCAGGUCGCCGCGCCCUCCCUCGUCGAGCUGAGUCUGGUGAACCCCAACGCCGAUCACUUGAGCGCCGUGGAGGGCAUGCCGCACCUCGGGAGGCUGUCCGUGCGCGGCUUCGAUGCGAUCAGGGGCCACAUACCGCUCAUCUCACUCUCGCGCAAGCAGCUGCGGUGGCUCAGGGUGCGCGACCUGCAGGACGAGGCGCUGCGGAGGCUGCUGACCGCCUACACCCCGCCCUUGUCGGACGCGCUGGAAGAGCUCCAGCUCUGGGUCAACACGGCGCCGGUGGCGCUGCAGAGGUGGGAGACUUGCUGCAACACGCUGCUCAGCCUCGUCUACAAGCUGGAGCUGCACAAGCUGAGAAAGCUCGUGCUCAAGUGGGGUCUGUUUUACCCCCACGACAAGACCGAUUGCGCUUCGGUCCUCCGCAGUCUGCAAGAAGAGCUGCCCGAGACGGACAUACAAUGCCUCGAUUGUGGGACCUGGGAAGCCUUUUAGGGAAGCGCAGCUUUGCGGUGCACCGCAAGAUCAGGGAGACCAGUCAAAACCAGCGCGGCCACAAGACUGAAUAGUAAUAUGUUUAUAAAAUAAUGGUUAAUUAAUUUUAAAUAGGAAGAUUGAUAAGAAAACGUCAUAUAUUUCUAUGUGUAGCCCCAUUCGUGGGCACGAAUAGUUUGUCGUUUACUGUUCUAUUUUAAAGGUGUUUAUUUUUUCUACCUCGUUAAUAAAGGAACAUUUUCCGUAAAGAAUGUU